CUUGAAGGCUGGGACUUGCAGGACGGAGGUUAUACUCAGGUCCACAUCUAAUCUGCUUGUCUCAAUCCAUAGCUCCUGAGAAGUGUGGGGCACCACUUCUCAGCUAACAGCCAUGGCUCUUGGACUCCUUCUGUGGGUUUCCUGUAUUUCUCUGCUGUUGAACUUCAGUGUUGGUUUGACGGCUAAAAAAGCGUAUCGAGUCAUAGAAGAUUCAAACAACCUACAGGACGAUGGAGACGAUGAUGCUUUGAACUCUCAAGAACAGGAUCAGGCUUCAAAUGAACACCUGGCUAGAGUUGGAUGGGCAAGCUACAACCACCCCUUAUUUGCACAAUGGCAGGAUUUGGUCUCAACACAGCAAAACCAACCCACCACCCCAAGUGUUCCUGCUGUACAGAAACCUGUUACUGGUGACCUGAGCCGCUGGCGGCCGAAAAACCAACCCAAUGCACCAAGUGUUCCUGCUGUACAGGGACCUGCUACCCAUGAGUGGAGUCACUGGCGGCCGAAAAACCAACCCAAAGCACCAAGUGUUCCUGCUGUACAGGGACCUGUUACCGGUGACCUGAGCCACUGGCGGCCGAAAAACCAACCCAAAGCACCAAGUGUUCCUGCUGUACAGGAACCUGUUACCGGUGACCUGAGCCACUGGCGGCCGAAAAACCAACCCAAAGCACCAAGUGUUCCUGCUGUACAGGAACCUGUUACCGGUGACCUGAGCCACUGGCGGCUGAAAAACCAACCCAAAGCACCAAGUGGUCCAGCUGUACAGGGCCCUGCUACCCAUGAGUGGAGUCACUGGCAGCUGCAAAAUCAACCCAAAGCACCAAGUGGUCCAGUUGUACAGGGACCUGCUAUCCAUGAGUGGAGUCACUGGCAGCUGCAAAAUCAACCCAAAGCACCAAGUGUUCCUGCUGUACAGGAACCUGUUACCGGUGACCUGAGCCACUGGCGGCCGAAAAACCAACCCAAAGCACCAAGUGUUCCUGCUGUACAGGAACCUGUUACCAGUGACCUGAGCCACUGGCGGCCGAAAAAACAACCCAAAGCACCAAGUGUUCCUGCUGUACAGGAACCUGUUAACCAUGAGUGGAGUCACUGGAGGCCGCAAAACCAACCCAACGCACCAAGUGGUCCAGUUGUACAGGGACCUGCUAUCCAUGAGUGGAGUCACUGGCAGCCGCAAAAUCAACCGAAAGCACCAAGUGUUCCUGCUGUACAGGAACCUGUUACCGGUGACCUGAGCCACUGGCGGCCGAAAAACCAACCCAAAGCACCAAGUGUUCCUGCUGUACAGGAACCCGUUACCGGUGACCUGAGCCACUGGCGGCCGAAAAACCAACCCAAAGCACCAAGUGUUCCUGCUGUACAGGAACCCGUUACCGGUGACCUGAGCCACUGGCGGCCGAAAAACCAACCCAAAGCACCAAGUGUUCCUGCUGUACAGGAACCCGUUACCGGUGACCUGAGCCACUGGCGGCCGAAAAACCAACCCAAAGCACCAAGUGUUCCUGCUGUACAGGAACCCGUUACCGGUGACCUGAGCCACUGGCGGCCGAAAAACCAACCCAAAGCACCAAGUGUUCCUGCUGUACAGGAACCCGUUACCGGUGACCUGAGCCACUGGCGGCCGAAAAACCAACCCAAAGCACCAAGUGUUCCUGCUGUACAGGGAUCUGCUACCCAUGAGUGGAGUCACUGGUGGCCGCAAAACCAACUCAAAGCACCAAGUAGUCCAGCUGUCCAGGGACCUGUUACCGGUGACCUGAGCCACUGGCGGCUGCAAAACCAACCCAAAGCACCAAGUAGUCCAGCUGUACAGGAACCUGUUACCAGUGGGUGGAAGGGCUUUCAGCAGCAAAACCUUCCCGGACCACUUGUGUUUCCUUUAAGGGCCAACCAGCCAGCUGCACCACAACCUCCCAACCAAGACAUCCCCCCAACUCCCUCAUCAGGUGUUCAUGCAUACAGCCCGCCUGUCUAUCCAAGCGGUGGUGAUGCUGGUCGCUAUGCUAGUCGAGUUGCAUCCCACCAGCCUGUCUCAUCCCCGACUGUUGAGGAGCCUUGGAGGCCUGGACCAGUUAACGGACAAUAUGGGGUGCCUCAGCCAGGUGUUAAGUUCCAACACCAGGACUCUAACAGUCAACAGGGGGAUUACUCGAGUAGCCAUCCCAACCUCGUCUUUGAGAGGGUCUUUCAGCUUCCUCCAAACAACGAGCCUCAUCAAGGUUUUGAUGCAGCCUCUCAUAUGGCAACAAGGCAGGGUCAAGCUAACUUAGGUCAAGGGUCUUCAGCUGGAUACCCCCCCACAGUGCAACAGCAACCACCAAGUAAUGCAGCAGUACCACCUUUCUACAACUUCUGGAGAGGACUGCCUUCUGCUCCCUUCCACUUUAGAGGUGGAUACUUUAAUGCAAUGAGCCAACGUCCAAGAAACCAAGUAUUCAGAACCCAGAAAGUCAUGCCGGUUCAGAGAGCCAGGCUGGUCCAGAGUGUCAGUCAGCCGACCGCUAGCCACCGACAUCGUCCAACAUACCUCUACCGGUCCAGAAGCGGCUACCAUAGAGGCAGAUUUCUUCACUCCCAUACCAGCUACAAGCCAGAAUAUCUUCAAGAUACCAUCAGUGUGACAAGUUUUACAGGUUUCCAAGAGCCUCCAGAAAGUCAACCACCUGCACCAAAGGCUUAAGGAAAUCACUGAAUGACAUACCCUCUGGAGAAAAUAAACAUUUUAAUUUCAGA